CCUCCGCGUCCAGGGGCUCGCGAUCUCCGGCGCUCCGCCCGCCUCGAGGCAGCUCAGCUUGGUGGCCCUCGCGGAGGACUGACGAUCGCGGGUCGCCGCGGCCCGAACGCGGCGGGGAAGGAGAGCGUCCGCCGGGCAGCGCGGCUGACAUCUGCGGUCACGGGGUCGACCUCCCGCGCGGAGAGCGGCCCCGUGCGUCCCUCCGUGAGUCGAUCGGUGGGUCCGUGCAGCCGGCUCAAAGCCCCGGGCUCCCGGCACCAAAUGGGAGGCUACACCAGACCGAUGGCGGCGGCGGCGGCCCUGUCGGGCCCGGGGGUGCGGCUGUCGCCCUCGGCGGCGGCCCGCGGCUCAUACGGCGCCUUCUGCAAGGGGCUCACGCGCACCCUGAUCACCUUCUUCGACCUGGCCUGGCGGCUGCGUACGAACUUCCCCUACUUCUACGUGGUGGCCUCGGUGAUUCUCAACGUCCGCCUGCAGGUACAUAUUUAGAGCAACUAACUUUGUGGCAUUCGGGGUGGGGGGCCCGGCGGGAUGGCUGGCUUCCACCCACCGGCUCGCCAGCCCUAGAGCAAAGCGGCCAGUUCGACUCUCCCGCACGCAGACUUGCCGGUCUGCCUUUCCACUGCCUUAUCUUUUCAUGUAAAUGGGCGGCUAGAAAUCAUCGUUUGCCCCGAGCCCACAGUACAACCAGGAAAGCCUAAGAUAGAAUGAAAAGGUGAUUCUCUAGGAAAUAGAUAAUUCAAGGAACAAGGAAAGAACUUUAAACUCGGAAAAUCCUCACAAAUACUUGAGAGGCUCUUGCAUCCAUAGAAACACAAAACAGCCCAAACGGUAGGAAAUGACAAUGGUCACAGGAUGCCCGAAGGGGGAAAACAAGAGGAAAGGUUGCUAAGAACUUAAAGGUAAACUAACCGUACCAUAGGGGUGCAACUAGGAGGCAAAUCUUCCAAACGAGAAAAAGGGGUGAACAGACUUUCAACGGAAGGGAAUGAAUUCUGAGCAAUAGAUGGG